CUUCCGAUGCCCCGCCUUUGCAGGGAACGUGGUGACAUCAUUGCGCCCGCCCUUGCUGUGCAGGCGAGGAGACCCCGCAGCGAGCUGCCAACGCCCGGCGAAGGGAAGAGAGAGAGGGCGAGCGAGAGGGAGGAAAAAGGGCCAGCCGAGUUGUGUGAGAUUGAUCUUGGACUUGAUACAAUAACAGACAUUCGCUAUGCAGACAAUUAAGUGUGUAGUUGUCGGAGAUGGUGCUGUUGGUAAAACAUGUCUUCUAAUUUCCUACACAACAAACAAAUUUCCAUCGGAAUACGUACCAACGGUAUUUGACAACUAUGCUGUAACAGUGAUGAUUGGUGGCGAGCCAUAUACUUUAGGCCUGUUUGAUACUGCGGGGCAAGAAGAUUAUGACAGAUUACGGCCUCUCAGCUAUCCACAGACAGAUGUGUUUCUGGUCUGUUUCUCAGUGGUCUCGCCAUCUUCAUUUGAAAAUGUGAAAGAGAAGUGGGUACCUGAAAUAACUCACCAUUGUCCAAAGACUCCUUUUUUGCUUGUUGGGACCCAAAUUGAUCUCAGAGAUGACCCUUCCACAAUUGAGAAACUUGCCAAGAAUAAGCAGAAGCCUAUUACUCCGGAGACUGCCGAAAAGCUGGCGCGGGACUUGAAGGCUGUCAAAUACGUGGAAUGCUCUGCGCUCACACAGAAAGGCCUAAAGAAUGUAUUUGACGAGGCGAUAUUGGCUGCCCUGGAGCCCCCGGAGCCGAAGAAGAGCCGCAGGUGUGUGCUGCUAUGAACGUCCCUUCACGGCCCCUUCUGCAAAGCUGGUGUUGAUGUCAUACUAAAAGCGAUGUUGAAAUCAAAUUAAAGAUUCAGAUUUUCCAAUUGGUUUUUUUUCUUUUUGCAAUAAUGACAAAUGCCGUGCGACCUGUACCCAUGCCCUCCCCCUUGUGUGAGAUGGAAAUGUUAGUGCUCUUCUCCAGUGCUCUUCGGAUAGACUAAUUUUUUAAAACAAAUAAUGUAUUCAACAAACAGCGAUCAGUACUAGUCUUUUUGUUUACUGUUUAAACUUUUGUUUUUAAAAUUCAGACAUGCUUGUGGUGAUUUUUCUCUCUAAAGACUAAUUCUAGGCUCUGGCCGUUCGGCUCUUAUCCCAUCAAGCUAGGCUGGUACAAUAUGGAUUCUGUAACCAGCUUGCGGUCUGGGGGGUUGAACAGGUUUUAGUCCUUGGAUCGUAUCCAGAAAGCGGAAGUGUCCCCAACUGGUGCUCCUUUUGAAGAUGGGUGUAUUACAUCCUUCUAAUCUGCAUCUCCUCUACAGUUGCCUUGGAUCUGUUUUCCUUGAUUUUCUCUGAGCAGGUCAGAAAUUCCGAUCUUGCCCUUUAAGAGAUAGUGUAAUUGAGCCUUUGGCUCAUGAAUUCAGCCAAAAGCUUUUGUGUGAGGUUUUUUUCUCUCUCUUUUUUUUAAAAAAGCCCAACUUUGCCAAUUACCUUUUGUGAUUUUUCAAAACUUUUGACAUCGUUAGGUGUUAACGAAGAGGGGCGAACUGCGUCUUUUGUGCAAACCCACCAGACUGAGUUGAUUUAACUCGUCCCUCUUUUUGGCAAGCGCAGGCUUCUGACGUUCAGCGGCAGAACGGCUUGCUGUGUUGAAAUCCACUUACAUGGCCUUUGCAUGCUCUAGUGGUGGUUUGAAGCUGACAGGCUGACUGUGCCUCCAGACUUCGAUGUUAUCCGUGGAUGGAUGGGGGAGGAAUGAGAUGUGCCUCAUCCAGAAAAAACCAUAGAGGGGAAAGACAGUCAAUAUGGCACCUUGGGGACCAAUUGAGGAAGUACCCUAAAAGUGCAUUGCGCAUCAGUAGGUCUGGUUGCCCAGAUGGUCGUUCAGUGUAACAGAUCUCAUACGAGGGUCUUUUGACUCCAGUGUUAAUAAGGAUCUUACAAAAACUAUACUCCAGCUUAAUACUUCUCAAUCUUCCCAGACUCUAAUUCUUGUAGACUUGUUAGUGUUGAACUGAUGCUUUUUCCAUGUCUAAGUUCUUUGUAUAUGCAUUUUUUUCAGAUGUAUUAAACAUAAAGUAUCUUCCACAA